UUUAACGUCAGCAAAAUGAUGUUUUAAAAAAUUGUCAUUGAAGAACACAAAUCUGGGGAACAAAUUUUUCAUCAAUAAACUCCAAGUAAUAUCAUUAAUCAUGUAAUAAUCAUGCGUUACUUUUCCUAGUAUGAAUAAUUUCAAAAAAAAGGUUUCUAUUCAAAACGCAGAUGUUUAUCCAGAUUAUUCCCAGAAAAAAUCAAAAGAAUCUACUAGUUCUAGGAGAAUUUCGUAUUUAGUUCCGGAUCAGGAAAUUUCUCCAAGUGGUGAUAAUAAUUUUAGUGGCGGUAAAGCAGAAUCAGGGUUUCCUCCUCCGCCCGUUCCGGACGGUAGGGAGGAUUUAUGGGAUUUGCAAUUCUGCCGUUGGUGGGGUUGGAAUUGGGUAAGGAAAAAGGACAACGUUGAACUGAGAGGAAGUUGCGGAGAUAACGCCGGGGAGUGUCUAUUGCCGAAGGAUCUGAAAAAGAUGGAAAAACGGUGGAAGGCGCAUAGCAAAGAUUUGCAGAGCCUAAGAAAGCAGGAAGAUCACGACAUGCAAACUACAAAUCUUCCAACCAAGGAACAGUUCAAGGAGCUGUGCAAAUGUUUUUUUCGACCGCCUCCAUAUCAGAGAACGCACUAUGUGGAAGACAUAUUUAGGACACCGUCUCAUAGCGUGACCGCCAUGAAAAGUUUCAACUCGUUUAGAAGGAAGUCAUCAGGAAAACGAUUUUCAUCGAUGGCGCACGGGUCACAAAGGGGUAAAAACAGCAUUAUGAUCAAUUCAGCUGAAAAUGACGUGACGGAUAAGCGUACGCCACUUAAGCACACAAGCGUCCAGGUGACUGACUCGGACGAAGAGAUGAGAAGUUCAACGGAAAACGCCCUAGAAGCGAUGAACCAAUCUAUGAGGGCAUCUCAGGCGACGAGACAUUCAAGUGUAAAUCCUCGCCAAUCUGUGAGGCCUUCCCAGGUGACUUGGAAUUCACCUGAGGAUGAUCGACAAUCUGUGAGGGGAUCUCAGGCGACGAGACAUUCAAGCGUAAAUCCUCGCCAAUCUAUGGGGGAAUCUCAGGCGAUGUGGGAUUCAGUUGAAGAUCCUCGCCAAUCAAUGAGGGAGUCGCAGGUGAUGAGGGAUUCGUAUGUAGAUCCUCGACAAUCUAUGAGGGAGUCACAGGUGAUGAGGGAUUCGUAUGUAGAUCCUCGCCAAUCUAUGAGGGAGUCACAGGUGAUGAGGGAUUCGUAUGUAGAUCCUCGCCAAUCAAUGAAGGAGCCGCAGGUGAUCAGGGAUUCGUAUGUGGAUCCUCGCCAAUCUAUGAGGGAGUCACAGGUGAUGAGGGAUGCGUAUGUAGAUCCUCGACAAUCUAUGAGGGAGUCACAGGUGAUGAGGGAUUCGUAUGUAGAUCCUCGCCAAUCUAUGAGGGAGUCACAGGUGAUGAAGGAUUCGUAUGUAGGUCCUGGCCAAUCUAUGAUGGAGUCACAGGUGAUGAGGGAUUCGUAUGUAGAUCCUCGACAAUCUCUGAGGGAGUCACAGGUGAUGAGGGAUUCGUAUGUAGAUCCUCGCCAAUCUAUGAGGGAGUCACAGGUGAUAAAGGAUUCGUAUGUAGGUCCUGGCCAAUCUAUGAUGGAGUCACAGGUGAUGAGGGAUUCGUAUGUAGAUCCUCGCCAAUCUAUGAGGGAGUCACAGGUGAUGAGGGAUUCGUAUGUAGAUCCUCGCCAAUCUAUGAAGGAGUCACAGGUGAUGAGGGAUUCGUAUGUAGAUCCUCGCCAAUCUAUGAAGGAGUCACAGGUGAUGAGGGAUUCGUAUGUAGAUCCUCGCCAAUCUAUGAGGGAGUCACAUGUGAUGAGGGUUGCGUAUGUAGGUCCUGGCCAAUCUAUAAGGGAGUCACAGGUGAUGAGGGAUUCGUAUGUAGAUCCUCGCCAAUCUAUGAGGGAGACACAGGUGAUGAAGGAUUCGUAUGUAGAUCCUCGCCAAUCUGUGAGGCCUUCCCAGAUGACUGGGAAUUCACCUGAGGAUAAUCGACAAUCUGUGAGGGGGUCUCAGUGGCUGAAGAGUUUGUGCUUCCCUCGCCAAUCUAUGAAGGCAUCUCAGGAGACGAGACAUACAAGCGUAAAUCCUCGCCAAUCUACGAAGGAAUCUCAGUGGCUGAAGAGUUUGUGCUUCCCUCGCCAAUCUAUGAAGGAAUCUCAGGCGAUGAAACAUUCAAGCGUAAAUCCUCACAUAUCUAUCAGGGAUGAUCCAUCAGUGAUGGAAUCGUAUGAAAACUUUUUCGAGAAAAAUUCUCCUGAACCGGCGACAGAAUUCGUAGAAAGUUAUAGGAAACACGACGAUAUUCGAAGGAAGAAUUCAGCUAGAAAGACUGUUGAACCGGCGAUAGGAUGGGCACCGUACAGGAACAGCAUGGGCGCGGAAACUUCAGAAGAGGUGCUUCCUGGGCCAAUGGGGAACCAGGAAGAGAAAAGUUCCAGGAAGAGAAAAGAUCCAAAAAGAAAGUUAAUGUCGCGUACAACCAAUAGAGAUAGUCCACAAACUUGCACGAGUGAAGACAUUCCCAAUGGACAUUGUUGCUCGGACAGGGGUACGUCUAGUACCGAAGAGAGUAUAGAAUAUAUUGCGUUACGUGUUUCGAGCUUCAGAAACUGCCAAUGUCACUGCAAUCAACAAAAUCAACAACAUCAACAAAAUCAACAUCAACAAAAUAAAGAACAUCAACAAAAUCAAGAACAUCAACAAAAUCAACAUCAACAAAAUCAACAACAUCAACAAAAUCAAGAACAUCAACAAAAUCAAGAACAUCAACAAAAUCAACAACAUCAACAAAAUCAACAAGAACCCAAACGGGAUACACAAAUGGUAGAAGCACAAACAAGCGCUUUCGUAUUUCCAUUAGAAGAGAAAGAUACACAAACGUCGGGCCAAGAGAAAGACUGUUGUCAGCCAUAUUGUAACGACGGCGAGAGGUACAUAAAACUAGGCAAGAAGAGGAAAGUAAUUCGUAUUUCUGUGUGCUGUUGCUCGUGCGCUAAAGAAAAUGGCCAGCCUAGCGAGCCGUCCGCAUUGAUCCAAAAAAGCUCGAACAAGGCCUUGCUCAAAGACAUCCCUCGUCAGACUUCGAAGGGUAGCACCAACAACAAUCCUUCGCUGAUCGAAGAGACCAGGGAAACCACCACCUACAACUUUACGGUACCUCCCAUCAGCGCGAAGACCUUCUCCAAGUUCGGAACUCCCUCCAAAAACUACUCCUGGAUCAGGAACAUCGGAUCGGACACCACGACUGCCAGCCUGAAUUUCCCACAAACUUUCAAAAGUCCAAACUCCGGAAAAACGUACGACUUUACCUCUUGGAACUUUAACGACAGACCUAACCUCACUUUACCCGAACCGAUUGACGUUUCCGAUGACGUCACGUACUUGAAACAACUUCAGACUUCUAGGAAGUCGUGUAAAGAGGACAGGAUGCUUCUUGAUGCCGUUUGUGACGCCAUCCUGUCCGAGCACGAGUUAAAGUUCGGCAGCGAGAGCGAUUUUGAAGGAAGGAACGGUGAAACGGUUGUAAAUAAGGCGAAUAAUGUUAUUAGACCAAAAUUCCAAAGAAAGCGCCCAAGAAUGCGCAUCCCUAGAGUUCCUAAAAUAGAUAACGUCUUCGAGAACCUUAUCCAGCAGGUUCUGAAGUCAGACGUUGAAGUGUAUUCUUCGGACGAGAUGUAUAGCAACUUUGAGCCGGUGCUUAACAAGUUAAAGUCGUUUAGUAUACUGGCAAGCGCCUACGAACAAGAAACGAACUCUUUACCAAGCAGAAGAAAGAAAAAACGAAGGGCAAUGCAAGAACUAAACAUCGAGAAUUCUAGCAAGAAAAUGAAACAAGAAAAAAUAUCGACUAAAAUAAUACCUUCCGUAUGUCCAGCAUUCCAAGAUUCAAUAAAGAAUUCUUGUGUGGUUAAAAGCAGGAUAAGCGACGGGGUUGACAUAGGACUGACCUGUAAUGCAAAAUUGGAGGAUAUAGUGGCUAAAAUCGAGGAAAUGAUGAAACGAGCGCAGGCACCCAACGAGCACGUGGGGGAACCUAUUACCCCUAACACAGGCAAUAAAAGAAGUUACCAAAUGUCUUCCGAUGUAUUUACCAGAACUGUAAGCUUCACAGAACAAGCAGGAAGCUUGAAAAAAAGUUACGAAAUCUUCAGUAACCGAAAAAAUCCGAUGUUCGAUACUUUCCCCGAUCUGACUGCUUCAAGUCACGUCAUACCCCUAGAUAACGAAACCUGUCCAACGGAAGACACGCCUAAAGUUACAUCUGCCGAAUCGAUCAAAGACACCAAACUCUCCGUGCAGAAUUUCACUGUUUGCGAUGUGACGCCGUCUCAGAGCGAGAAAAACGUUUCGGUUGAUGAGGGACCCGAAAAAGAACCUGCGAAGAAGAAAAGUAACGGUAAUGGUACCAGUCCUUCGUUGAUACCGAUCAGAAGGAAAAUUUCUAAAUAAAACAAGUUUUUUUGUUAAAAAGUUCGUUUUUAUUUCAACACGAUUACUUAAAAAAAUAACAGACAUAAAUAAAGGUAUUUCUAGAUAGGGUGAUGUUGAGCAUGUUAGUUUUUUUUUGAGAAAAAAUAUCAGUUUUGUAUAUAAAUACUUAGAAUUAAUUAACUAAAGUUAGAUUUUUUUGAAGUAUGUACAAGAAGAGGUGGUGUGCUAAUACAGAGUGUAUUAUUCGUCAAAAGCAUGUCUAAAGAAAUUUGGAGUUUCUUCUUUGAUUCCCUGAUUGUAGAUGUUGUUAUUUUAAGCACGCGCACUGUGAACAUGAUCAAUUUAUAGAAAAUAAUCUCGUUUUUUGAUUACUGCUAGGGUUCCAGAAGCAUUGAGGAGCGCAAAAAGUAUUCAAUUCUCAAAAUUUUGAAAAUAAUCUGGUUUUAAUACAGUGCAUUAUUUAAUUGUAAGUAACGAAAAAUCCUUGAAAAAUCGAAGUCUUCAAUGUAAACAUUCUCGGUACCUAACCAAAGUUAUUAAAUUAAACAGGUUGUCUCGUAACUUGACAUUAGGCGCCAUAUUGCGUGUCAUCGUGUCGUACUCUGCAGUUUUUAGCUUCUUAACAAAUAAUUUUAUAUUGUUUUCUUUGUAUUAAGGACAAGGACCUAUAAUUGCAUUAUAGGACGGUUUUAGUGAAGAUACUAUUUUUUUAAAUAUCUAUACCUAUGUAGCGGAUUCAUCUCUCCA